AUGGCGGCCUGCCUCUUACUCUUCAAACAAAGGCAACAUGUUGGGGCGGAUGGCCUGCCAGCCAUCAAUCCAAACUGCGUGCGCAUUUGUAAUCACACGGAGACGCGGCUUGUGGUACUCGCCUUUACCCGGGAAAACUUGGUCUAUGCAGUUGGCGGGGAAAUUCUCACACUGGCACCCAACAGCCACGUGGACAUCCUAUCGCGGAGCACUCGCAGCAAAAUUGCCGUGCGCAGAAAGGAUGCGGCACACAUGAUUGUGCUGCGGCGAGGCUCUAGUCUGACAUUGCAACCCAUGCAUGAAAGAACGGAGGCGUACAACUACAAAGAGACUCAGAUCGCGGAUGUACUAGCGACAUGGGAGUCGGGAUCAUCAUGGGAAAUUCUGGCAGGGCCACUAUUCUGGCGCUUGCCACGCAACGUUGAGGAUGUUGAGUUCGAGGUCUUUUCGGUGCUGCAGUCAGAGGGGCGAGUAAGCUUCAAGGUUGUGCGCAAAGAGGGCAGAGACUGGCGAGGACAUCCGCUUGCUCGCAUGCGAGUUAUUCGUGCAGGGUUUCUUGGCACGAAGUUCUUGCACAAAGGCACAAUGUACAUGGGCAAGAUCGUGAGCGAGCAGCAUGCGGCUGAGAUUUCUCAAGCCCAUCAGAGAAUUUCUGGCACUUUUGGACCGCCCGAAAGUAUUGUCCGCUUCGAAGGGAGCUUGAAAACCGACACUGGAGCGCAUCUGGUGCUUUUUGAAGACUUUGGAGAAAGUCUCGCAAGGCUCAUCGGCAAAAGCUCCGACUACUUGAAUGCUGAUGACGUUGAUCAGUGUGCGCAAGAUCUGCUGGCGGCGAUUUCCGCUUUGCAUGCGCAGGGCUUGCACCACUUGGCCCUCUCGCCCGAGAGUGUGUGGCUCCGGCGAGAUGGAAUGGGACGCAUGCGCUUAAAGCUGGCAGAUCUGGGAGUCUGCGAGCACCCAUCAAAACCGUGGCCGACGGGCAGGUCACGCCAGUUGGGCUGGCGUACCUACAUGGCUCCUGAGCUACAGGAAUCAAAGUCCACGGCAGAGGCAGUCGUGGCCCGGGCACUGGCCAAGCGUACGAAGCCGAAGGCAGCGAAGAUUCCGGAGAGCCAGGUACUUGGCCAAAUCAAGGCACUGGACAUCCUGCCAAGCCUGCGCCGGCAUGCUCCUACUGGAAAUCGGCAAGGCGUUGCCAAAGAAGAAAUUAUGGCACUGCUGAAAGAGUUUCCCAUCUUCGCGGAGCUUAGUAGCUUUGACUUGCACCAGCUUGCACGUGAAUUUCAGGGGCCUUUCUUCAUCCCACCAGGGGCUUCCCUUUUCGAAGUCGGGGAGUUGGGGGACUUUCUGUACCUCAUUCUUGCCGGCGAGAUUGUUUGCCGGAGGGGCAAAAAAGAACUUCGGCGAUACCGCCGCGGUGGGUUCGUCGGAGAGACGGCAUUGCUGGGACCUUCGCCGACGAAGCGGAUCUUCGCGGCAAGAGUGGCACGCGGCGGUCCCGGCUGUGCGGUUCUCCGAAUGCACCAUACAUUCUUCCGGAAGGACUUAAAGACUGGAGGGCCACUGAACAGCAUCGUGGGCCCGGUCAGGUGGAGAUAUCUGGAGAAGCCUGGGGAGUCAAUGGAGCCAGCGGAUGCGGACGUCUUCUCGGCUGGCUUGCUUUGGUGCCAAAUGGCUGCCAGUUCCAGGGUCUUGACCAUGUACCGGAUCAAACGGGCCAGAACUGUGGAAGCUCUGUUGGAUGCGGUAGCAGCACGCGAAAUCGGCAGUUUCUACUUCCUGCUGCAGGACUGGAGAAAUGUUGCUCUCAUCCAGCUCAUCAUUCGCCGGGCCUCCGCAUAUGAGGCAUUGUUCUGCUUAGAAGAGAGGGACAAAAUCGUUGCGGAGAGCACCAGCAAAGAAGUCUACGACGAGACGCAGCAAAGCGUGUUCGGAUUGAUCGGGAGAACCGUCAGCGACUUUCAAAAGGGCGCGCGCUCGAUCUUUGAGCUCACUCAAGACUCGAUGGCGGCUUCUGUUGCAGUUCAGAUGUCAAAUCGCGCCAGAGCAACUGUGUUGGAUCAAUGGGAGAAGCUGACAAACGUUGCCACGGAGAGAAUGGGCCAAAUUGCCGGCGAGUUGUUUGGCGAGUUGUACGGAAACCUUUUUGCAAAGGAUCUGCUGUGGAUGUUUCGAAAUCCAACACGGACACAGCGAUUUCCAGUGCUACUCGUACGUGAUGCCGAAGAUGGCAAUCUUGUGGCACGCUGGCGAAUUGGAGCAUCCAUGGUGUUCGAGAGCGAGCUUUGUGCGAAGACCCUGCCGCGAGUCCUGCCAUCUGUUCGCCCUGCACUAUCAGCAGGUUUUCAGAUUGGAAACGCCGUCGGCCGCAAUCGCGCCAUUAACUUCAAGCGACUCUGGGUCGAUGCCUUUCUUGGGUCCUUCUUCAAGCAGUUCUGGGCAUUGCUUCGGAUUAGACUGAAGCGUGUCCGAGGUCGACGCGUUCGAUGGGACCUGCUUGGGAGUGUCUUGAAAGAGUCAGUGGUGAAAGGACAAACUGCAAGGAACCUGGUUCUCACCAGAUUCGGCCGACUUCCCACAAAGUAUGAUCAGAACGACCCGCAGGUCCUCCAACUCUUGCCAUCCAAGUGGGUCCCCGAAAUUGGCCUGCCGCUUGCAAGUGGUGUUGGCCGUGGCUUCAUGACUCGAUGGUGGAGGGGAUUUCGCAGUGGCUUGCGCCGAAAGUAUGUGAGGCCAAGGUUCGAGACGUGGGAUUUGGAAGACGUGCCUAAAGUGGUUCUGAACUUCGCGAGGCAGCAAGGGGCUGAACAGGCGGUGCUUGUGGCAUCUUCUGUUGGGGACACAAUGGCUCGGGACCUGGGCUACUGGUCAGGGUCGUUUACUGGCAUAGUCACUGGUUUGGCGAUGUGCAUACUGGGCCAGUCCAAGUCCUCCGGCAAUGAUGGCGAAAUGGUGGUGGCUGAUGGGUACUUGGAGAGUGACCGCGAGCUGAUUGCCUUGGAGCAGUACAUGCGAGACUCGAGGGCCGCCAGAGAGAGAAACCCAGACGAGUAG